AUGGCUUCCUUGGCCUCUAGCUCUCCUGUUCCUUCUGAGCUCAAUGACGAGGUUAACGAUGCCGACCUCCCUUUCGGACUCAAAUGGGCCUACCCAUGCAAGCUCCCUUCGUGCCCUAACUACAGCAAAUCUUGGGGGCUACAAAGCCCCUUUCUCCUUUAUUUGCAGCAGAGAGAGGUACAUAAAGCCUUAGCAACAAUACCUGCCGCAUGCCGUACAAUCGAGAUAGAUUGGCGGUAUACUACCGAUCCUUAUCUGCCACCUCGGGCGGCCCCAGAUUUUCGUUCUCGGGAGGAUACUAGCGAGCAUGUCUGGAACUAUAGCUUCAAAGAUAAAAACGGCAGAGUGAUAACGGGGAGGGGCACACAAAAGCAGAUAGAAAUGCAUAUGGCCUCACGAGAGGAAGGAACGCCGGACGCAUGA